AUGAACUCCACCCAGCCCCAUGGAAUGCACACCUCUCUGCACUCCUGGAACCGCAGCGCCCACGGACUGCCCGCCAAUGUCAGUGAGUCCCUGGCCAAAGGCUACUCGGACGGGGGCUGCUACGAGCAGCUCUUUGUCUCUCCCGAGGUGUUCGUGACUCUGGGGGUCAUCAGCUUGUUGGAGAAUAUUCUGGUCAUUGUGGCCAUAGCUAAGAACAAGAAUCUGCACUCACCCAUGUACUUUUUCAUCUGCAGCCUGGCUGUGGCUGACAUGCUGGUGAGCGUUUCCAACGGGUCGGAAACCAUUGUCAUCACCCUGCUAAAUAGCACGGACACGGACGCGCAGAGCUUCACGGUGAAUAUUGACAAUGUCAUUGACUCGGUGAUCUGUAGCUCCUUGCUUGCCUCCAUCUGCAGUCUGCUGUCGAUCGCGGUGGACAGGUACUUCACCAUCUUCUACGCGCUCCAGUACCACAACAUCAUGACGGUGAGGCGGGUGGCGGUCAUCAUCAGCGCCAUCUGGGCCGCCUGCACGGUGUCGGGCGUCCUGUUCAUCAUUUACUCAGACAGCAGUGCCGUGAUCAUCUGCCUCAUCACCGUGUUCUUCACCAUGCUGGCUCUCAUGGCGUCUCUCUACGUCCACAUGUUCCUCAUGGCCAGACUGCACAUUAAGAGGAUCGCGGUCCUGCCAGGCACCGGCGCCGUGCGCCAGGGCGCCAACAUGAAGGGGGCGAUCACGCUGACCAUCCUGAUCGGGGUCUUUGUGGUCUGCUGGGCCCCCUUCUUCCUGCACCUGAUAUUCUACAUCUCCUGCCCCCAGAACCCCUACUGUCUGUGCUUCAUGUCGCACUUUAACUUGUACCUCAUCCUCAUCAUGUGUAACUCCGUCAUCGACCCUCUGAUUUAUGCUCUCCGGAGCCAAGAACUGAGGAAAACCUUCAAAGAGAUCAUCUGUUGCUCUCCUCUAGGGGGCCUCUGUGAUUUGUCUAGCAGAUAUUAA